AUGGGGGAGGAGGGAGGGGAGCCGCUGGACGGGGACUACUCCGAGCUGAAGGACCUGAGAAUAAGCCUUGACAGGCGCGUAGUUAACGGAGGGGGAGACGGCGGCGGCGCCGGCUUCUGCCUCUGUUUCUGGAUGUACCUCAAGAGCCCGAUCAGUCCCUCUACUGUGGUUCUCCGGCAGGUCUUUCUAUCUCUCUCUCUCUCUGAUCCCUUCGCUCAUGACGGGGCAGGGAAGUGUCUGUCUCCUAUGAUCGGAACGGUGCUUCUUUCUUUCUUUCUUCUUAAAGUAAUUUUGAAUCCCCUUGUUUGGAGUAAUGUGAUAUAAUAGAGCGCACUGUUGUGCCAUAGAUGAUUGAAAGCCAAUUUUUGACGCGCUUUUCCUUUGUGACAAUCGAGCAGCGCGUAUUAUCUCUUUUAUCAUUUUUUCCCAAAGCUCUUCGGAAUAGUAAGGUAAAAAUCUGCAAGAUAAAUUAUUAAACACCCAGAAAUGAAUUUAUCUCUCUCUCUCUCUCUCUCUCUCCCUUUAGGAUGGAUCACUAGUCUGGAAUCUAAACAUAGUUAUCAUCUGACUACCACUUCAUUUGUGUGUUGCCUACUUUUUUCCUCAUUCUUUUUUUUGACGGAAGAGUUAUUUUUUCCAAUUUUUUUAUCAUAUAAAUAUAUUUUUAGAAUAAAUGUUGAAUAAGUCACAUAGGAAGCCGCAUUGCCAAAAGUGUCUUUUGAUCGCCACUACUUCUUAGUUGGAAUUCAUCUGGAUUGGUGCCUUCUUGCAGAAUUUGGAACCUACAGCUUAAAAUCAGAGGGUCAUGUCGCUCAAAUAUUGGAUGAUUUAUCUCAAAUGGGAAUCUCAAAUAUUGCCUUUACUGAAUGCAGAUUUCCAAGUAAAUGGGAAGAGUGAAAACUUGUUGUAGAUCAACAUUUUGGUAAAUAAUGGAUCUUGAUUGACCUUCUCAAGUCUACAGGGAUCCAAUAAAUAUUGACUGUAUGGGAUGUUAGCUUGAAAAACAUGAUCUUAAUGGGAUUUUCACGUUGUCAACAGGCUGGGUGAUAACUGGGUUUCUGGAAGCGUAGGCAUAGUAUGAAGCCAGGAAUAAGCUCGUACAUUAGUUCCAAGCGAGGGUUAAGAAAACUUUCUCAAGUCCAAUUAGGUUGAACUUGGUGCAUAAAAAGUAGAGAGUUCAGGGGGAAGGGGAGGGGAAAGCAGGAGUAGAAAGAUGAGCACGAGAAAAGCUUGAUCACCACUAGAAUGGACACAAUUCCCACUAUAUUCUUUUGGGACUUCAAAUUUUUCCAUCCAUUAGCUCAAAUCAAAUAAAACAAAGGAUUUUUUACUUAUUACUUAACUCCCUCAUUAAUUUUUACUUAAUCCAUUAUUCAGUACAAAGUUACUUAUCUCUAAAAAGAAAUCCUGAUUAUGCUUAAUAUAUUUUUAUACUCAGCAUCAAGUAAGGUUGUUCACUACUAGAUGGUUCAUAGUGACACUUAUACAAGUGGUUUACUUUUCUCUUCAUUGUGAAAAUUUGGAUCGAACAUUUGUAUAAGAUCCAAGAGUCAUUUCAUUACGAAGCAAUAAUAGAAGGCUUUUCUUGCCAUUGUUUAUGUUUCUUCAACCACUGAUAAUAGAGAGAAGUUUAUAUAACUCAUUAUUUAUGCCUGGGAAUUUUUUUCUUCCCUUAGUGACAGAUGUCUGUUGGUUAGUAGUUUUGGUCGAGAACAAUAAGAUAGUUGAAGGUAUUUAAUUUUUAAAUAUUGACUUACUAUAAAACAAUCUUUCACUUUUUUAGUUUGUAUUAAGUAAGAAUAAAUUUGUUAAUCUUGUUUGUUAACGUUUAUGGGCCUUUUAACUCGAAACUAUUAUGAAUAAGUUCGUGUGGGCAUCUUUUUCGUCACAACAAUACUUUUGCAAAUGAGUGCGGGGUUAUUGUAACAAUGUUCUUUUUGUCCGUGUGGAUUUUGGUUACAUGGACAUAAAUGGUGUGCAUGCAGCUCAGAAUACCAUUGACUCAAUACCAUGCAAAGUCAAUGGGCCAUCUAACUCAAAAUCAAUUGACAGUUGAUGUAGAGGUCCAUCUGUAUAAUUGAAGAUUUAGUUCCGUAUUAGUCACUACGAUUCUUUUUUAACUCGCUCUUUUUCACAUUUAUUCUGAAUUAACCAUUGGGUCUAAUGGUGCAUUUUCUAUUCAUUCUGCUGGCUUGUUUGAGGUAUGAUAUUUCUAAUUUUUAUUAUACAUGCAGAUGCACUCAGAGACCAGCAAUGAAGUCCCCUUCUUGAGUUUGAACGAGGAAGAAAAAAUUAUACUUUUUCCAUUGUUUGUUUUGCACGAUGAAGCUCCCAGUGGCAUUUCAGUGUCCUAUGAUAACAUUUCAAGCGCAGUUGCUAAAAUUGGAUGUCUAAGUGAUAAAUGGAUUCAUGUUGGGUGUGAGGUAUGUGGAUGACUUCUGUGUAUUUAUCAUCAUGACUUUAGAACUAUCUGGAUGCUGUGUCAGAUUAUUUUUGUAUCAAUCGAGACAGACUAUUCAGAGCUAUGAUCAUAUCUGUUGAGGGCAAUUGCUUGAACUGUUUGAACACUAAAUACGGUCCCCUCCAUUGGUAAAGCCUUAUGUGGCAAAGGUGUAGGUUUAUGAAAUUGGGGAGAUUUUUAUUGCAGAAAAGCCUAGAUAACGGUUAUGUUGGGCAUAAGUAAUUUAAUGUAUUUAUUUUUACUUGGUAUAUCUUGCUUAAGUAUUACGCUGAAUUUGAUGGAUCUAUUGGUCAUGACAAUGGCAAUACGAAGAUAUGUAUGUGCAUGUGUGCCAUCACCUGUCACCUGUCACCUGUCACCAGUCUAGUAUGGUGAACGAAGGCAUUUUUGUUGUCCCCUUUAAAUCAGUCAAAAAGAGGCUAGAUAUAAUCAGUUCAUUGGAAGUUAAAAUGUCAUGCAAACGAUCCACUAAAUUUAACAUAACCCUGUCUACGAGACACGUUUCUUUUUAGAUUGACUUCAUAUUUUAUUUCAUACCAACUCCACAUCAAUGAAUCCAGCGUUGUGUUGAGUCACUGUCCAAUCUUGAUCAGAAAAUUGCCCCGCAAUGGUUUGCAACUGUGUCUGAAGCUAAGCUAGUUCAAACCCAUUUCAAAAUUGAUCAUGCUCAUAAGUUGAAGUUCGUAUCCAACACACACUAAAAUGCAAACCGUCGUUUUUUUUUUUUUGAUUCAAUGUGUUCUAACAGAAGCAAAAAUGCAAAACAUGGUCGCUCCACUUGCAACAUAUAGUAAUAUUUUCUUUCGUCCAAUUCAUUGUGGAAUUGAUUUUUGCAUUAAGUCCAGUCCAGAUUAAAAUAUCAAGCUUUUCAUGUCCGAACCCCAAUCCCCCUGUGCUAAAUUUUGGCACCUUGCUGAAUAGGGUCUGACAUGCUCAUCUUCUUGCCACUGUCAUAAUGUCAUGUCUUGUAUGAUGGGAUUCUUUCUGUCAUACUUUUUUUUUUGCUGGAACAUCUGUUUUUCCAUCCACUUUUAGAGGUAGAAAAAUUCUCAAAUUACCAUAGUCGGUUAAAGCCUCAAUCCCUCAGUUUCGCUUUAGCAAGGUUCCAAUGGAAGAUAGGGGUAGUAAAAAGACAUGAAUACUCUUCUUAUAAAUUUUUUGGGAGUGGGUAAUAAUAAGUGAUAAAAGGGUGAAUUUAUUUAAACAUGUGAUCUGUAAGCUCUCACAUAUAUAUCUGCUGAGUUCACGUAGAAAUGAUAGAUGUCACACUAGAAGCUCAGCGUCCUCCAAAUAGUAGAUACAACUCUUUGUCAUUUACACUACUCUCACUCACUCUUUGAGCAACUUGUUACACUGCCAACUAAAACUAUCAACCAUUGGGGAGAUAUUUCUUUUAAAAGUACACUUUCUUCUCUCCAUACAAAUAGAACAAAUAGUUGAAUGAAGGAUAAGCAAAGAAAUCUGACGAUUGGCUUACAUGUCUAGUGUUUGGUUCCAACUUUGCCAAAGCUCGUCAAUUUGAUUCAAUACUGAUAUGUGAUAUCAAUUUUACUGUAUAUCAUCUGUCAAAUCUCCUAGGAGAAUGAACGAAUUCUGUGUAGAUUCUAUCUCUCACAUAGAUGCAAAAGAUUUGACUGCUUCCCCAUAAAAGUUGUUAGACUAGUGCAUGUAGGAUGUCUCACGUGGACAUCCUUCAAGGUAAAAUCUUCAUCUAUAAUGGGAAUGGGGGUUUCCGAACUUGACAUGCAACCUGGUGUCUAAUAUCUUUGAUGCGGGACACGAUGUAUUUGACUUUGAGAGAAAUCAACAAAAUCAAUUUAAAUGAUGAUUGACUGUCCAAAGAAGCAUCAUCUUUGAGUAGUCGCAGUACAGAUAUAUUUGUAGUUGGGGUCACUUGCAAGGGCUUGCUUCCAAAAUAAGAUUUAGAUCAUAGGAAAUAUGGAAAGUUCCUUUGACUAAGGUGGUUAAUUAUGAUGCAUUAUGAGUGGGCUAAAAUUGAGGUAAGGCUAGUGGGAACUUAAAGACAAGUACAACCAGCAAUAAUAGAUCUCGGAUAGUAAGUCAGAGGAGAGGUUCAGAGUAGACUUAAAAAAAAUGAUAACUUGAAACCAUGUGCAGAGAUUUGUACCCAACGAUCUUAGAACAAGUAGCCCUCCUACUAAACCCUUCUUGAUAUUUUAGAGAUUCCACACAGUCUAAGGGAUGCCAAGGGUCAAGCAAGGACAAAAUAACCCUCAGCUUCAUGCUUUGGGGCCUUGAUUUCACACCAGCGAAGGACCUUCACGGCCAUCUUGGAGAGAGAACUAAGAGCAGAAAUUGUCCUUGAAAAGAUAAUGUCUUGACAUCAAGUUCGACCUCCUAGUUAUAAGAGAAAUAUGAGUCCUUUGCAGGGGUGCUCAUAGAUCUGGCAUAGAAAUUCCACAGCUCUCAUUAUUAAUGGGUCCAAAUUUUGGCCUGAAAUACUCCCACAAAAUGGAGAAAUCAGUUGCAAUAAACUAGGAUCUUAAGUUCGGUGUUAAAUCCUCCUAAGAAGUAGGAAAAAGGUUGGGAUAACCUAGGGUUGCAAAUAGACCUCAAAUACUUCUAGAAAUAGCGAGAAUAGUCAAACAUAAAGUAGAAUUUAGUGACCUACGAAAAUCAGCAGAAAAACGGUUCCUAUUACAUUAUUCACCAAAUCAAUAUGAUGUCAUUCUCCUGGUCACAGCAAAAUUGGUUCAGCCAUGUGCUUCCUUCAAGUGUAUACCUGUAUACCUGGUGCAUGAUUGGCUCUGGGAUCCUUAACAAAACUUUCAUUUUCCAUAAUGUGAUAAGUUGAGUUGACUAAAAGAGUUCUUGCUUUGUCCUAUAUGCACUCGAAGGACCAUUCUGCUUGUAGCCUAGAAGUUUUUGUAGUUGUCAAGUUCCUUUCUAAAAUUUCUCCUAAAUGUUUGCCUCUGCACUUCUACUUAACCAUGGCAGUAUAUCUUAACAAAUCUAUGAAUUAUCUUCUAGUAUGGAAAACUGAAGUAAACAACUGUGACACAUGUUGAGUGAUGAGAUAUAACGUACAACCAAUGUUGCCAAUAUGCGAAUGAAGAAUUUAUUGAUUUUCAUCCAUUUUUCCGACCUUCAUAACAUGAGAUGCACGUGUUUUUAACUAUUCUUUUUUAUUUGCUAAAAGUAUGUGAUCAAUAACCAGUUAACGAUUUUCCCACUUUCAAAAAAAAAAGAAAUAACAUAAUUAUCAACCAGUACUCUUUUGGUGCUCAUGUAAAACCCUCGACUCUUCAUGAAGGAGUAUGUCUAUUGAUCUAGGAAAGAAAAUAGUAAAUAUUAUCAGGUAAAUGAUGAACAAGCAAAUGGGAAUAUGAAGAAAGUAAAUAAAUUCAACAUCUAUUCAUGCUACAAUGAGCGAAGAAUACGAUGCAUAACAUAUGUUUAAGGGAUAUAAAUAAUGAGUUUCUUUGGCUUAUUUUACGCUCUAAUUACUUGUCAAUGAGAUUUAAUUAAUAAUUUCAAAAUAAAUAUUUUAUUUUUUUCAUCUUCAAAUGGACAAUUGGAAUGAAUCGGUAUUAAUAAAUUUUCCCUCGUUUAAUUUCCUGGCCAACAUUCUCUUGCUUACUUUUAGAUCCUUUGAACUGUAAUUCUGCAAGAUACUGAUGAAGGAUGGUAUACUGAUUUCUCACAGGGUAGGUUCUUUUUUAAUCCUCCCUUUCCUUCCCCAAAUACUGUAGUGACGAGGGUAAUUGAAAACAUUCCACUUGAUUGCACCUACAAGUUUGAUAAGUUAUCAUUAGCACAUCAAACUUGUCAAUCUGGUCACAUCAAAAUCAUUAUUAUGCUUACAUCAUUGUCACUUUGAAAACUAGGCCUUGGUUUGCUUGCAGCAAGCACUUAAAACAAUAACAAGUAAGCAACUGGUUGUCAUCCUCCAUUUAUCUCUCCUCUCUCUGAAUAUAUUUAUAUGUAUACACAAAUAACUGUAGAUACACGCACGCACAUAUGGACACACAUUUAUCCAUUUCUUUCUUUUCUUAUUUUCUGUUUGCCUUUAUACUGCCCAUCUUGUCAUCUGGGAGGAAGUUUUAUGUCUUUUCUUUGGAGAAUCUCCUACGUUUUGCAUGCAAGACCUUUAGUCUUAUCAUGUGGGAUACAGCUACGGACACAGUGGUCAUCUAGGCAUGCCCAUGUAAUCCUGAUUGAUAUUUAGGAUUUUCAGGUUAAUUUUGUGUCAUAUUUUCAAGCACUGAUACCAUUUUUAUUGAAUAGCAUCUCUGGCUUAUGUUUCUCUGGGGAUAAUGAAAACACGUGUAUGGUAUCAGAGAGACUAUCUUCAGGACUUUUCUGAUGCAUAGAUUCUGUUCACUGCAAAUAGGACCAUCACCUAGUCAUUUGUUGCUUUACAGCAGCAGUUGUAGAUUGAUAUUUGAUUUAUUGCUGUUACUGCCUUUUUUUAUUCUUCUUUUUGAAAGUGGCUAGUGCUGUUAGGUAUCUACAAAAUACGUGCGUCUUCACAUUGACGGGGCAGCGGUAGCAGAGAAGUCUUUAUCUUCCUUCUCUAAGAAUCCAGAUCAGGACAUUUUAGAGGGAAUAAGUUUAGCAGGAAAUGAUGGAUGUGACAAAUGUUUGGAGGGUUACAUUCACGAUCUUCAAAUUUUUCCUCUAUCAUCAUACCGGAUCAUAAAUGAUCUCUCCACCAAGGUAUUCAUGAAUAUGAAGCACUUUUCAUUAUUUACUGCAAAGAAAUUGAUGAUGAAUUCCUCAUGUUUCUGCCAAAAUGCUCUUUUUUUCUCAUUCAGAAGAAUAUUCUUUAUUUCAGAAUCUUCCAAUACGAUUAGCUCUUGAUUGCUCACAUAUCUCUGAUGGAGUGGAGGAGGAAUGCAAUGGUGUCUGGAAUAUUGUUGGUGGCAAGGUGAGAGACUUUAAUUCUUGAAUGGUAUUGCAGUACUAGUAAGUUGAGACGAGUGUUGAUUGUCUCUCCUCUCAUGGUUAUUAGUGCUUUUGUUCUGAUUUUUGUAAAUUUCAGGGAUAAUUAUGCAUGAAAAUUUUAAUUCUUCCCUUAAAAUUUCUACAUAAAGCUUACACCUACAAUUUUUAUUUUUUGGUUCAUCAUUAAAACAACUAACCAAUUGGACAUCUUGCCUGUAUCUGAGUCUGCUAUGAUUAACUAAUGACUAUUCUUUCAUUCAGAAAUGAUUCGAUUGCUAUGCAAUCAGAUGUCUGAACAGUUAACUGACCAUAGAGGGAAUCCAAAUUAACAGCCAUGAAAUAUCUUGCCAUUUUGAUAGGAAAAAAAAUGAGGUUUCUGAAGAACUUUUCUCUAUAGAGCUAUUUUUAAUAUUGCAUUUUGUUUCAGUCUUCUACAGUUUUGUUUAUUUGGUUGGCCAAUUUCUGACCCAACUUUCAUAUCCUAUUAGUAUCAUGGUGUUAAAGCUGUUCACAUCCUAUAGUGAUUUUCCAAUUUCCUAUAUUCUUGUAUCAGUGUACUUGGAUAUCAUUGUUCCUUAUUUGUGCAGAUGUCUUUGAAGUAGAAACCUUUCUUCUAUGUUGUUUUUGGGAACUAUGAAUUCUAAUUAAAUGUUCACCUAUAUUCCUCCAAAUCUCAAAUAAAUAAAUGAGAUUUGCCUAUUUUAUCAACAAACUUUUAAGAUCAUGACUUCAGAAUCCACUUUUGGAAUCUGCUUCAUGUUCUUCUGACAUUUUGACCCAAUGCCAGGCUUCAUGUCGGCGGAAGUUUUCCCUGGAUGUUGCUCUAUUAGAUGCCUUUGGUUUUACUGUGCACAGGGAAUUUGAGGUUUGAGAUCCUUGCCAUUUUCUAUUCUACUUUCACUGAAAUUAUGUGAAGAAUUUGUCUCUUAUGGCUGUUGUCGGUUCAUUUUUCAGCUCAUUGCUUCACUUGUUUAUGCUGACAAUGGAACAGCCGUCAAGAAACCUCAUGACAAUGCAGAGGCUCCCCUUCUGAUUCACUGUGACGGGCUUGAAUUCCCUUCAACAGAAAGAACAGUUAAACUUAUUGAUGGUCGCGCAUCUAUUAAGCUCAAAAUAUCUCAGGUAUCUUUAAUAAUUUGAACAGAGGCUCUGUUAUUAUGGAUGACGUGAUUCAAAUUUCCAAUUAUGAUAAUCCAGGUCCACCACCACAAAUAUUAUAAUAAUUCAUAAAUAGUAUUUUUGCAAUUUCUCUGUUAAAUAACUGACACUGACAUGUUCUUCUUCUUUCUGCCUCAGCUUUCUUCGAAGUGUGAAAACAGGCUAUUUCGCAUCCAUUUUUAUGCGCCAGGUGCUCAAAGAUACCCGUUUUUAGAAGCCCAUUCUCCUCCAAUCCGUUGUAUAUCAAGGAGUCGCCAUAAUAGGGGUUCCUUUGUCCUGGGGAGAAAACGAAGUCAUUCAAUGGGGGCUGAGGAAAGGUCUCAUGAGAUCCACGACAACUGUAGCGUCAUGCAGUUAUCAAAUGAGAGCGACUCUAAGAGCAGUUGCCCUUCAUCAAAACAUAUCGAAUAUGGUUAUGACGAUUCACAUGUGAGAGUUGAAGCUAACGAGAGCUUUCAGGGACAUCGACUUAAUUCGCAUAAUUUGACCAGUAAUGUAGGACUUCGCUAAGACGUGCUCUUUGAAGCCUAAGUUUACUUUUUAUACCAUUGACAUUAUGUUUCCUCUGUUUUUUUUUUAAAUGUAGGGUGGAAAUGUCGACGGAACGUAUAUGGAUGCAAAAUUUGAACACCAUGUUGGGUCAGAUACUGUGCUAUCUGACUCCGAGAGUACUGAUGCUAGGAACUCCGUUUUCAGAAAGCUGGAUGAUGGAAGGAAAUCGAUCUCAGAUGCUACUGUUUUCAAAUAUUGCCUGGAAGGAACAGAGGAGAGAUCCUUUAUACUCAGGGAUGUUAUAUCAUUCGCCUGUGAUGAAGAUAUUAUGAGCUUUGCUGAGCAGAUUUCCUUGUAUGCUGGAUGCCGACAUCACCGGUAUUUAUAAUUUCUCAUCUUGAAACCUGUUUCAGAACAUUACAUUUGAAUCGACGAAAUCUUUCCUUAACUGCUUAUAUGAUUACCUUCAGGUAUCAAAUAUUGAUUGCCAAACAAUUGAUCAAUGAGGGCAAUGAUUCUUGGAGAUCUGUCUCACGUAAUGACAAUCGUGUGCUCUGGUCGGAUCUAAUUCCUGAAAUUGAUAGGAAAUUUCGGAAGAUAUCUUGUUCUAUCAGUAGGGGACUCUCGAGAAAGGUGCUGCCCCAUAUAUCGAUCUCUAUUCAAAAGGGUUGUAUUGACUUUAAAUUCUUUCUUUUUCACAUGCAAUAUCCCUUUUUCCUUAGGAUUUAGAGGUCCUCAGAAGAAUCACUGCAUGUGGCGAGGACUUGGCCCGAGAGGACUUUGACAGGCUAUGGCAUUGGCUAUUCCCAGUAGCCUUUACAUUGUCCAAGGACCAUAUAAACGCACUGUGGGAAUCCAUGUCACCCAUGUGGAUAGAAGGAAUCGUCACAAAAGAGGAAGCUGAGGCUUCACUUAGGGGCCCUGGGGGACACUUGGAGCCGGGAACCUUUGUCCUUAGGUUUCCUACUUCUCGGAGCUGGCCUCAUCCAGAUGCUGGCUCGCUGGUUGUUACAUAUGUUGGUGCUGACUAUGCUCUUCAUAAUAGACUUCUUGCUGUUGAUGAUAGGUAUGUUUACUCUCUCCCCUCCCCUUCGCUGAUGGAAUUUGAUACCGUAUGCCAUUGUUUUCUUAAGUGCUCCUGCCUUAUUGAUCUGUAAAAAUGGAAAAUUGGCUUCACCUUGUCUGAUUAAUGCCGUCAUUAUAUUAAUACACAAGAAAAUCAUGGCAACAGCCUCUAUGUUUUAGUAUCAUCCAUUGUUUUAGUAUAAAUACACAAGAAAAUCAUGGCAACAGCCAUUGUUUUUGUAUGGUAGGAAAAUGCUUCAUCCAUUAUGUUUCAUGAAUACUAAGUCGUUAAUUAUGUUUUCUUGGCCAUGAAGAUAUGUAUUGUGCACAAUUUCAGUAAGGGGCGCUUUCUUGUUGAUUUAUACAGGUGGCAAAGCUAUGCUGGCCUGAUUAAUGUUCCAAAUUAUAUUUUCCCACCAAAAAUGGGGAUAAGAAUACCUUCUUGUAUCCCAAUUUAGGAUUUUCCUGAAUAUCCAAAGCAUUACAUUUUAUGGAAAAUUUCCAGUUUUUUAUGAGCAUUUCUCAAAUAUCAAUUUCCUUCUGGAAAUCUGAUCCCUCCUUUGGUAAUGAACUUUCCAGAUCAUGCUCUUCUUAAGCCAAACCUUUGCUAUUGAUGGUAGAUCUGCUCGCUAGUUCUCUUCUCCUUGUCACACCGGAUGAAAUUUAUAUAUUCUGAGCCUUGCUAUUUUAAGCUGCAAUCAUUCAUUUAUACCGAUGCCUUUCUAACCAUUCAUCUCCUCUUGUCUGAAUAAUGCUUUAAUCUUAGAUGCCAACCAGUUCUCAUGGGAAGUCUAUCCCUGUUAUUUCCUUUUGGCUCGCCAGCUUGGUCUUUCUUUAGUAUCUAAAACAUUGCCCGUAAUAGAAGGAGCACCAUGAACAACUUUUAGUUGUUUACCAACAAAUCUCAGUCUACCAACAAGGUUUUUUUCGUAAUUUGAUCCCGUUUUUGGUACUGCCGGUGAUAAUAGGGAAUUGAGUCCAAGACCACUGCAGGAGCUGCUCCUCCAAGAGCCUGAACUGACCCACUUGCGAAGGUAAACCUGAUGGAUUUCAGACACCCGCUGUGAGUUUCUAGAACAAACCUCUGACGGUCAAAUCCUCUUGCAGGGUCAUCAGAGAAGCGAGUGAACUCCAGAGAGGGGAAGCCUGAGACAAGUUACCUACCUACCUACCUUCUUAUCUUGGCAUAAAUGGUGGGGCUGAUGUACUGGGCAGCUUGCAACCAUUCCAACAGCCUUCAGUUCCAUCUUAAUUGGGUUCAACAGCUGAAGCUGGGACUUGGCAGCCCCACGAUUUGCCAGGUAUUUAUAGAAAACUUUCCCUCUCCUAUCUCUUGAUAAGUCAACACAGUUUUUGGCAAAACCGAUACUACUUUUCUAAACAAUGUUAAUUAAGACUGAUGUAAAGAAUCAAUAGAUUCAUCUCCUUUCCUGAUAUUAUUGUGGCCAAGAACAGAAAUGAUCUUGUUCUAUAGAAACAUCAUGAUUUUUCACAGUUUGGGAAAAUAAUAUGCUGAAAGUUAGAAUCCCGUGACCAAGUCUUGUGUCUUUCAAGUAGAACAUACCGUCUUAGUCUCCGAGAAGUCAAACUCCUGCAAUGAUCAUAACAUCCCGAAUCUCUGCAGGAAGUCAACGAAGGUAGAAGGUGAAGCGCCCUCUGGAGAAAGCUCUGAGAUUCAUCAGAGGUUGGCUUUCCAUCUCUUCAAUCUCUGCUCUUCUUUCCAGAAAAGACUCUGGUUUUUUGUGUAGAAAGUACAUAAUUAUCAGCCUAAGUACGAACCGCCCCUAGGUGAUGAUGGUGUGUAAGGUUCCCUCUUCAUUUACUAGACAUGCACAGGCAUGGGAGAUGAAAUAUGAGAUCUAAGUUCCUCUGAUGGGAAAUAGGUUGAGGAUAAACGCGUUUAGGGAUUCAAUAUAAUUUCUCUCAUAUAUCACAGGGUUUUUACUACAAUUUUAGGUGUUAUUUUCAGAAGAAAUAAAAUUAAUAGAGAUAUUUUAGGUGUUUUUUUUCCUCAAAAAAAAUGCAAAUGGAAACAGUGGCAUAUAUGUAAGAAAUGAAAUAUGAGAUCUAAUACAUAAGUAUGGUUUAUCUUGUGUUCUAGGGGUUUAUUCACAAUUUAAGACGAUAAUUUUAAGAAUAUAAACCAAAGAGUCAGCUUUUCCUCUCCCUAAAAUAUCACAUUUAAAUUUUUGUCAAGUACUAACUUAGGAAAUGAAGUAUGAGGAGUAUGAAGCCUUGAUUUUUCUUUUUUGUGAACUGAGGAUAUAUGAUAGUGAUUCCUCUUGGUGAAUUGGAGGGCAUACCUCCCAAGUCUAGACGAUUUGUUCAUGGUAGCGCAAUUUUGUAGAUUCAUCCUUAGAAAAUGAUUUUAUUUGUGAAAACAUACCACUAAACUUCAUAUGCAAAUAUCCACAACAAGAGCCUUCAUUAAUGAUAUCUUCAUGAAUAAUUAAUAAGAAAUGACUUUUUUCCAUCCUUAGAUAAUAUUUUUAUCAAAAAAAAGUUUUUAUUAUUUAUUGGCAAUAAGAGAAACGAGCUUAUUAUGCAAAAUAGUAAAAUGUUUCACCAUUUCAUUACACCAUAAUUGAAAGUUAUGAUUAGAAAUUCCUCAUAAUUUUAGUUUCAUGUUGAGCAAUAAAUAAUACUCUUUAUAAAUAUGUAUAAAAGAAUUUAUCUUUUUCUUUUUAAAGGCUGAACUUGUAACCAUUAUAAAGUAUGAUUCAAUUUUUUUUGCUUCUAGUUGUUAUUAUUGUACAAAAUAGUAAAAUAUUUCACAAUUUCAUGACACUAUGAUUGAAAAUUAUGAUCAAUAAUUCCUCAGAAUUUUAGUUCCAUGUUGAGCGAUAAAAAUGUAAUUCUUUGUGAAUAGAUAUAUUGAAGAAAUUUUCUUCUUUUCAAAAAAAUUAAAAGUCCGAAGUUGAAACCAUUAUAAAAUAUUAUUCAAAAUUUAUUGUUUCUAGUUGUUAUUAUUGGCAACAAGAGAAACAAGCUUAUUAUACAAAACAGUAAAACAUUUAAAAAAAACUAACAAGAGAGACAAUAAAGCAUUUCAUAAUAAAAAAUGAUCAUUAAAAUUUAAGAAUUUUAUUAUUCACAACAAGAGGAACAAAAAAAAUUCACAAUUUCAUUAGACCAUUCUUAUUUCAAUAUAUUAUUGUUACCAAUAAGGGAAAGAGCUUGUUUAUACGAAGCAUUAUGUUUUUAAAGCUUCUAGUAACUAAUAUGCUAGAAAAUCACGGUUUUUUCAUUAGAUCAUGCUAUCUUUGUUUUGUUUAGGAAUCACUCUCACGAGGCUCAUUGCAUAGAGAACACCCUCAUUUCCCUUUAGAGCUACAAGAUAUGAGCAUAGAUGUGAACUUGUCAUAAGUUACCUUAUUAUUCUAAGAAAUAUGACCAUUAAAAUAAACUAUAAAAAAUGAGCCUCCAUAAUACUUCCAUGUAGAUAAUGAAUCAAUUAUCUAAGUGUAUGAUAGUUUCAAAUAAUUAA